CACUGAGAAAUUCCUCAGUCCCUCAGAGACAUCCCAAGAAUACUGUAUCUCAUCUAAUCUUAUUACCAUGAACCGAAUUAUCAUCCUCCUCCUCUGCAACGUCCUGCCAGCUUUGACUAAGGCUCAAGCACUCACAUUACCUGCAUCUACCAGCUGUCGCUGCCCACAAAUUAAUAAGAGUAUCCCCACCCUAAAAUUUUUUGAGAAACUUGAUGUGAUUCUUCCCAGUGCUGCAUGUCCACGCCCUGAAAUUGUAGGCACAAUGAAGGAUACUAAGGAACAAGUGUGUCUGAAUCCAGAUACCCCAACUAUGAAGGUUGUAUUGAAAGCAAUUAGAAGGACAAGGUCUUGAACAGCUCCUGUUCACAAGUGAAGACACAUUCUCUCCAUAUGAAGGGCAAAGUUUAACCAGAAUGAAGCCUUCCCAUAUAUACAGAGAAAAGUCAAGCCCCAAAUGUUUCUAGUGAUAAUUCCUGAUGUUGUGGUAUUGAGUGAUAUUCAAGUCAUUCUAAAUAGAGGUCUACCUAAUUUGACAUUUUUUCAGAGAUUUGUUGUGCCUUCUGAAUGGUUCUAUCUAUAGUAAGAGAUUGUCACUGACAGAUGAUAUUACUAGAAAAAAAUGGGCCUAAGAGUAAAAAGUUUCAUCACGUUAUUUACUAUUAAAACUCAUUUCAAGAAUA